UGCAAAACUGCCCAUGCUGAGUCACGAACUACCGAGUUUGCCAUGGCAGUUUGUCGGGGUCGAUCUUUUCCACCACGAAGGCAAUGAUUACCUCAUAGUGGUAGAUUCUUACUCAUUUUUCUUCGAGGUUCGCAAGCUUAAUCGGACUACCGCUACUGCUGUAAUCAACGCAAGUGCCGAAAUCUUCGCGACACAUGGCAUUCCCGCCAAACUGUGCAGUGACAACGGCCCUCCUUUCAACAGUGCAACUUUCCAAGCAUUCACAAGUCAAUUUAAUAUCAGCCACACCACUUCUAGCCCGUACUACCUGCGUGCCAACGGCUUGGCAGAACCUGCCGUUCAGGAAGCUAAACAUCUGCUAAACAAAUGCCCGUUUUCCACCCUUGAAUUUUACAGCGCGUUGUUGGAAUGGAGGAACACUCCAAGGGACGAACAGUUGCAGUCGCCAGCUCAAAGGCUCAUGGGACGUCACACCAGAAGCCAACUCCCGGUUCUCAACUGCCACCUGGAGCCCAAGACGAUACCCACGGAAGCAGUUCGUCAGCGACUACAAGAAAUACGACAUAAACAGCGUUCCUACUACAACAGAACGACACGGGCUCUGCCAGACCUUCAUAGCGGAAACAAGGUGUCCGUAUACGACACACACAGCAGAACGUGGGCUCCGGCCAUGGUGGUUGGUCCUGCGGGGCCACCGCGAUCCUACGUAGUGGCUACAGACAGUGGACAGCAGUUACGCCGUACGAGAGAGCAUCUCAGGGCCACAGAUGCUGCUCAGCCUGCUCAGUCACAAGCAGAAACACCAAAACAGGCAGCGCCAAGUACCCCAGCAGACGCAGUUCAAGCCCCACUUCGAAGAAGUGAACGGGUACGCCAAGAGCCGCAACGUUAUCCACUACCAGAACGUAAAUAGCAAAGCAAUCCUUGUUUGCAAAUGAAAAUGUUCAUCAAUGUUUUUUUUUCUCUUUUUUUCCCUGAAGAAGGGAAGAUGUA